UCAAGUUGAUGGCGAGCAGUCCAGCUACAGGCUGGCUGCGAGUCAGUUGGAAUUGAGUCCUUGCUCCUGGUACUAUGGUAUUUCUGCGCUCGUUUCGGAUCAGUAAUCGAUAUAUAAGUUUCCAUGCGCUGCUCCUGCUUCGAUUCUAUCUGGGGCAGUUUUACUAUUUGGGUCUGCUGCGUCUGCGUUACGAGUGUGCUGGGAAUGCGGUCCGUCUGACGGAGUACAGUGUGACCAUAUCGCGAAUGGUUGCAUUGCCCUUUGCAUACUUUCUGAGCGAUGCCCUGCUCAGUCCUUAUGUGGCCAUGCUGCAUCUGCAACCCUUUCUCUUCGUCUGCUGUUUGCUGUGGCAACCGAGGCGGACUUACGAACGCAGAGUGCAAUUAAUCAAUGGUUUCUUGCGCCUGGCACCGGCUUUGUAUCGACGCAGUCGUCGAAGAUUGAAGUUGUCGUGGUUUUUGGUGCUGCAGUUGCCCUUGAAGCUGCUCACAUUUAAACUGUAUUUGGACAUCUUUGAGCUGUCGAAGACGAUUAUCGACAAGUUGGUGUUUCUAGUGAUCUUUGUGGUGCCCAUUUCAUUGGCUGUUUGGUGCAUGGAUAUCAGCGCCCAUCUGUUCAACAUUUGCCUCAGCCUGCUGCUCAAGUCCUUUGAGCAGCUGAACACGGAAUUGGUCGAGCAGGUGGAGCGAUUGCAUUUGAAGCUCCUGCAGGCGGAUUAUCGAGCUGUGAGACGCUGUCAGCGUCGUCUGUGCUCCUUGCAGCGGCUGCAUGUGGCAUAUGUAAGGAUUACUCAGCAGAUACUCGAUUGUCUGGCUCCCCAAUUAUUGCUGAUUGUGCUCUACAAUAUCACAAUGAUCUUUGCCCUAUCCUAUGCCCAUUGGCAGCGACUUUUCGAUAUCCUGAUAUUGGCCAACGGAUUGCGUCUGCUUUUCCAGUCACUGGAUGCUCUAGUCAUUGCCACAGGCUCGCCAAGGGACACCUCGUGGGCGCAUGUGGCACGCCUCCUUCAGCUGAACGAAGUGCUGGCCAUGCACGGCUGGCUGCAUCGCCAUUGCUGGACAUCCCUACUCGAUAUGGACAGCUGCGAGCAGAGUGUGAGGCGUACGCUGCUUCAGCCCCGCCUUCAGGUUCUGGGACUCUUUACGCCCAAUCGCCGUUUGUUCUUUCGCCUGCUAUUCUGCUACUGCAGCUAUCUGUAUCUGCACUAUAUGUGCAACAAGCGACUCCCAGUCAAGGAGCGGGAGAUAUUCAACGUGAUGCUUCUGUUUUCCAACAGGAGGAAAAGACUCCAACAGGCGCAUAGUCAGAAUGCCAGCUAGGAAGGGGCA